AUGGCUUACCCAGCUCAUCGUAGAGUCUUGCCACCGACGGACGCUGCAUGGAGGCACGCAGCUCACACUGGGACUACUCCGCCUCCGCUUCUGGGUGCCGCGAGGUCGAGCCGUGGUCAAGCGGAUCCUACACCGAUGCGUGACGUGCGUACGCUGGCGAGCCAACACUCCGCGGCCUCUGAUGGGGGAUCUCCCGCCAGGUCGUGUUACUCCAGCGCGCCCCUUCCUGAGGACAGGGGUCGAUUACGCCGGUUCAUCUCCCGUCGAGGCCUGUGCGAGGAAAUGUACUCCGACUGCGGCACCAACUUCGUCGGAGCGGACAGGCAGCUGCGAGAGUUCUUCCGUGCGUCUUCCCCCGACGGCCGUCGCAUCGCGCAGGGAAUCACCAAGGAGGGCGUAUCCUGGCGCUUCAACCCUCCUGCCGCGCCGCACUUUGGAGGGCUAUGGGAGGCCGCGGUGAAAUCGACCAAGCAUCACCUGCGACGAGUGAUCGGAGAGUCUACUCUCACCUUCGAGGAGAUGAGCACUCUCCUAGCGCAAAUCGAGGCUUGCUUAAACUCUCGUCCAUUACAGGCCUUGUCGGAUGAUCCGGAUGACCUGUCUGCCUUGACUCCAGGUCACCUCCUCAUAGGCGCUCCGCUGUUGGCAAUUCCGGAACCUUCGCUGGCAGACCAUUCACCGAACACGCUGUCGCGAUGGCAGCUACUCCAGCGAAUGCGUGACCACUUCUGGCAGCGAUGGUCACAGGAGUACCUCCACGCCUUGGCACCUCGGUCGAAAUGGCUCAAGGCCGAGCCAGCACCAGAAGUCGGAGCACUGUGCCUCAUCCGCUCGGAGUCCACCUCGCCCACCCAUUGGCCCCUCGCGAGAAUUACCCGGUUACACCCCGGAAGCGACGGAACGGUCCGCGUCGUGACCGUCCGAACCUCCACCUCGGAAUUCGUCCGGCCGGUGGUGAAACUUGUCCUCCUGCCGGGGGUCAAGGAAGCUCAUGCGUCCGCGAACGAAUAG